AUGGGGGCAGCAGCAUCAGGCGUUUCAACGCAAAUGCAAGCGGAACAUGACCCAAAUGCCAAUUUUCCUUGGUGGGUACGUUUUCUGGCUAAAGGAGUUGGAAUUGUUGGUGGUUUUGUCUCAAUCUUUUUUGGAGCCCUCGGUUUGCUCUCUCUGACUGCUACCUGUGUUAUAGCUGUAUUACUGCAAAUGGUAUUCGGAUUCCUAACGAUUGCAUUAGAAGCUCCCUUCUGUUGUAUGUUCGUAGAUUUCAUCGAGAAGAUUGCACAAUUCAGCGAAUCACGAAAGCACUGGCACAAAGCUGCUCUUUACGGAACUAUGGGUAUCAUCCCCAUUAUAAUGUGUUUCGAGCUCAACACUUUUCUUGGUUCGGGCAUGAUCUUCGCUUGUGGAACGAUUUACGGUUUCAUGGCAUUGGGCAAGAAAGCGGACCGAGGAACGAUGAUGGCCGCUGGAGAUCCGGCUUGGAGUCCACAAGUUAAUCAGCCGUCAGUAUCCUAG